CGCGAUCGAGCAGCCGUUGACAGGUGCGGGCGAUAAGGACGGGAUCCCAGCAGUCGAGAAGGCCUGCUGCUGCAUCUGCAUCGACUGCGACAAGAGGCGAGCACCCGCCUAACGCGACGCGCCCGUGUGACACAACAUCACGUCUGGUCACACUUGCCAUCAACGUCAACGCCGUCCACCAUCGCUCCGCCACCGUCGUCGACGACGCCGAAGCGAGGGCUACCGUUGCUCACGCCGUGCACCUACAAAACGAUACAGAAGAACCAUGUCUCGCCUACCACGCCUGCAAUCCUCCCCGACGGCGGUGCCGCCAACGAUCACGACGCGCAAACGCGCCGCCGCCGAUAUGCAACAGGAACAGGCAGCGCCUGCCAGCCGCAAGCGCAAAGCCGUCGACGACGAUGAAGACGAGGACGAGGCGCGCGACCAACCGCGCAAGCUGCCCGCGAUCGGCAUAGGACGCGCGAAGCCACUUCAACCAUCGCGCUCGACGAACAACACGCUCGCCCGACCCACCACACGCUCGGUGUCCGGUGGCAGCCUCGCGCAAUCCAACAAUGUCCGCCCCAAGCUUACCGUGCCCCGCGGGCCCGCACCCUCCCGAUCGACGAACCUCGGCCGCUCGACCCGAGGCACGAGCGCCCCACCCGCAGGUGCCUCGUCCGUCAAGCCACCCUCCCGCCCGGGCUUCAACGUCUCCACCACCCGCAAGCCACCCUCUGCAUCCUCCUCCACCGCCCAACCCCCCUCCACCCACCGCCUCUCCGUCCUCCACUCGCGUCUCGAGACCCUCGAGGCGCACGCGCUCGCCGCCGACAUGGACGCCGAGCGCGCCAAGGCCGCCGCGAUCCAGUCCACGCUCGUCGCCCAGCGCGAGGAGCACCUGGCGGGCCGGCGCGCGCUCGCCGCCGCGCAGGACGAGCUCGCGGACGGGCGGCGCGCGUGGGCGCGCGAGCGGGAGGAGCUCGAGGCGGACGGGCGGCGGCGCGAUCGCGAGCUGCGGGAGCUCGGCGAGGACCUGCGGAUCGCGCGCGCGGACCUGGAGCGCGCGCGGGGCGAGGCGACGGAGCUGAGGGCGGCGGUGAGCGCGGGGAGCACCGCGCAGCUCACGCUCCAGGCGCAGAAGGCCGCGCUCGAGGCGCGCUGCGAGGCGCUCGCGUCGCAGCUCGAGGCGGUCACCACGGGCAAGGAGAACGUCGCGAAGGAGAACGAGGACCUGCGCGCGGAGGUCGCGCGCUUGAAGGCGGAGGCGGUCAAGCACGAGGAGAUCCGCCGGCGGAUGCACAACGAGAUUCAGGAGCUGAAGGGGAACAUCCGCGUCUUCUGCCGCGUAAGACCACCACUGGGCGAGAACGAGGGCGACGUCGCGGAGAUGGCCUUUCCUGACGAUCCUACGGUGGGCGGGUCCUCUUCGGCGGCAUCAGACUCCGGCCUGCCGCCCUCGGGAUCUGCAACGAACUUCUUUGAGGUGCCUCGACAGCUUACUGUGCGUGCGCCCGGGGAGUCUGCGACUGGACAGUCGCGCCCCGAGUCGCAUCAGUUCGCCUUCGAUCGCGUGUUCGGACCCUCGUCGACGCAGGAGGACAUCUUUGCGGACGUGGCGGACUUGACGCAGAGCGCGGUCGAUGGUUUCAACGUCUGCGUAUUCGCGUACGGCCAGACGGGAAGCGGGAAGUCGUUCACAAUGGAAGGUGGUCCUACGCCGGCCACCCGAGGCCUCAUUCCGCGCGCGGUCGACGCGCUGUUUGAGACUGCAGAGGGUUUGAAGGGACAGGGCUGGGAGUGGGAGUUUGAGGGGAGGUUUUUGGAGAUCUACAACGAGACCAUACAUGAUCUGCUUGCCCCUGUUGAUAAGAACGACCUCAAGAAUGACAACUGGGGCCAGGACAAGAAGGGAGAGCAGAAGGAAAAGCACUCUAUCAAGCAUGAUCCCAGGACGGGGCAGACACAUGUAACAGGUGUCACUACUCUCCCUCUCCCCUCGCCUGCAGCAGUUCGUGGGUUGCUCGCUCGUGCGGCCGCCCGCCGAUCCGUUGCUGCGACCAUGGCCAACUCGCGAUCCAGCCGAAGUCACGCCGUCUUCACCGUCAAGGUCGUCGGCAGGAGAGGCGGCUCGACCUUGUCUGCACCCACUGGAUCUACCACCCCGCCAGGCGAGCCUCAGUCGCGGGCUGGCAGCGUGGGGAGUGUCGGAGGUGGUGGCGAGACGCGCAUCGGUGCCCUUCAUCUGGUCGACCUUGCGGGCAGCGAGCGGCUCGCGCACUCGGGUGUCGGCGAGGCGGGAUUGGUGAAUGGGGUGAAUGUGCGGUUGAAGGAGACGCAGGCUAUUAACAAGUCUCUGAGUGCGCUCGGCGACGUAAUUGCCGCGCUUGGCGAGCGAGGCGCCAGUGGGGAGCGCCAUAUCCCGUACCGGAACUCGAAAUUGACGUACCUCUUGCAAAACUCGCUCGGCGGGAACUCGAAGACCCUCAUGAUCGUGAACGUGUCCCCGCUGGCGGCGCAUCUUGGCGAGACGCUGACGAGUCUGCGGUUCGCGACGAAGGUGAACAACACGACGAUUGGGACGGCGAGGAGGGUAGUGAAGUAGAGCUUUUCACUCUUUGAUGAUUCUUGGACCGCUUUCGAUUUCGUUGCGAUACUUUACCGAUUCGAUUGACCAUGUUUUAGUAGUCGAGCAACACGUGUCUUGUCAUGCAGAAUGUGAGGACAUCUGCGUAGGAUCAGAUGAAAGACCUGGUUUGAGGGCGCGACCGCAAGUAUACGUCUAAUGCUCUCCGGCCUUUCCUUCGGGUCUCCUCGCCGCGAAAGAACCCCUUGAGCGAACUUCCUCCACGAUGCGCGCCGCGUUGUCUCUACCCUCCUCGAUCUUCUCAGCAACUCGUUUACGCCCGACGAUCGCCCAAUUCCGCGUGCUUGGUAUCCUUAGUGCCUCCGUCUCGACCUCCCAGCCGCAGUGCAGGCUCAGGCUCGCCAGCCAGACGCGGUACAUCGAGUACCCGCUGGCGACGGCGCCUCCGCCG